GCAAUUGAAUCGAUGUUCCUUAAAGGCCUGCGUGAGUUAUAUUUUCUGGAACUAAUUAAAGGGGAAACAAAAACAGUAGAUUAAAUAAAUGCAUGGCAUGUGUGGUCUCCUCGCGGUCAUUCACUGUGUCAUUGUCUCAGUCUCAUAAUGCGCGCUCAAACACGACGAUAAAUCCGUGGAUAUGAAAUACACCCCGACGCCAUCACCGUGUGACAUGACAGUUACAUUUUCAACAUGUCAAAAAGGACCCGGCACGACCUCUUAACCGACUCAUAAUAUCAGACCAGCGCCGGUCAUCAUUUCCAAACGAUUAAAAAGGAGCGUGCCAGAAAGGGGCUCUCGUGCCCCCUGCGCGCGCUAGCUUCGCAACAUAUACACGCACUACAAUAAUUUGAUUGGUUUCAUUGUGCGUGCGGUAGGCGGAACCAGGACACUCUUCACAUCCUACUUUUGAGAAGAUUACGAGGACAAUUUACUAGGAAACACAUGACAUUAACGCAGUUUGGAGGGAAGGCGGACGGACCUAGAGGGACAGAGGCAGGACGACACGCCACGGGUCGAGGCAGAGCCGAGCAGCGAGCGGAGGCAUCAGAGCUGUGUGGAGAUAGCCUAUUUGGAGUUGCAGGAGGACACUGGUACUUCUCCGGUAACGCACAGAAAGGCUGCUGUACUACGGUUUACCGUUGAUGUAUAGCCCGUAGUUCCCAGGAGGAAAAUAAAGACUUCACUGUCAGAGCACUUUUCAAACAUUUACACAUUUCAACAGAUUCAUUAUUACUUACACACCAAGGCACCAGAGCAGAUAUGAGUGAGGAUAAACCAGCCGAUACUGUGGAAACUGCCCCUGCUGAGGCGAAUGCUAUUCCUAAUGGGAAAGGCCAUGACCCCGGGGAGGAGAUCACCGCAUCGGCCAAAACACCACCUACAGAGGACGGUGAAAAGGAAACUGUACCCAAUAGUGCCCAGAAUGCUAGUCCCCACAGAACUGAGAAUACAGAGGCCAGCCUCCCAGAGAGCCAGGAGUUCUUAUCAGACAUGGAGGACAAGAAGACCAUACGCUUUACAGAUUUUGAGGGGAAAACCUCGUUUGGGAUGUCCGUCUUCAACCUGGGCAAUGCAAUCAUGGGAAGUGGAAUCCUAGGACUGGCGUAUGCCAUGGCCAACACAGGGGUCGUCCUGUUUUUGGUACUUCUAACUGUGGUGGCAGUCCUCUCGUCAUACUCCAUCCAUUUACUGCUAAAGUCAUCUGGUAUUGUAGGUAUUCGUGCAUAUGAGCAGCUCGGCUACAGGGCCUUUGGGACCCCGGGGAAGAUGGCGGCAGGUAUUGCCAUCACGCUGCAGAACAUUGGAGCCAUGUCCAGUUACCUGUACAUAGUCAAGUAUGAGUUUCCUUUGGUCAUCCAGGCCUUUCUGAAGGUGGAUAAACCUGCAGGUGAAUGGUUUCUGAAUGGGAAUUACCUCGUGAUCAUUGUAUCUGUUGCAGUAAUAUUACCACUGGCUCUCAUGAAACAGCUAGGAUACCUGGGAUACACCAGCGGCUUCUCCCUGAGCUGCAUGGUUUUCUUCCUCAUUUCGGUCAUCUACAAGAAGUUCAAUACCCCUUGUCCAUUUAUGGACUUUGCAUUCAAUAGCACUGCCAGCGUGCUGAAUGUCAGUGCCACCGACCCUGGUGGGGAGGAUGAUCCUGCCUGUAUUCCCAAAAUGGCCAACCUCAACUCACAAACGGCGUACACCAUCCCCAUCCUGGCAUUCGCCUUUGUGUGCCACCCCGAGGUCCUGCCAAUCUACACAGAGCUGCGCAAUCCCACCAAGAAAAAGAUGCAGCAUGUGGCCAACAUCUCCAUUGCAGUCAUGUACAGCAUGUACUUCCUGGCUGCCCUUUUUGGAUACCUAACUUUCUAUGGUGAAGUGGAAGCAGAGCUGCUUCACACCUACAGCCGUAUUGACCCGUAUGACACUUUGAUUUUGUGCGUGCGUGUGGCUGUGCUCACUGCUGUCACACUCACUGUUCCCAUUGUACUCUUUCCUGUACGGAGAGCGAUCCAGCAGAUGAUGUUUCCCAACAAGACCUUCUACUGGCCCCGUCACAUUGCCAUUGCCUUCAUUCUGCUCACUUUCAUCAACCUGCUGGUCAUCUUUGCCCCCAACAUCCUGGGCAUCUUUGGGAUUAUUGGUGCCACAUCUGCCCCUUGUCUCAUCUUCAUUUUCCCAGCUGUCUUCUACAUUCGUAUUGUACCCAAAGAAGAGGAGCCGCUGCGCUCAGUCCCCAAAAUCAUGGCUGCCUGUUUUGCUGGGAUAGGCUUCCUCUUUAUGAUAAUGAGUCUCAGCUUUAUCAUCAUUGAUUGGACAUCGGGCACCAACAACGCCAGCAGUGGUCACUAGGCACCACCUUCCAUUUUUUUCAGGUUUUAUAUUGUUGAUUUAGAUCUGUGUUGUAAUGUUUUUACUCUAAAUAAUGACGUUGAAGAUGCCCUAUCUUUUCCAGUAGAGAAUAUUGGCCACAGAGGAGGAGUCUAGAGUUGAGGAUGGCUCCUCUAUUUCUGCACAAAAAGCUCUCACUCUAAUGACGUUACGUUGAACUGUGCAUCCUGCCAAACAGUGACUGUAGAUCCAGGCCAGUAGACUUUCUUGGAAAGUUGAUAGUGAAUUUACAAAAUAGGCCAGGUGCAUAAAGAUUGAAGUUGAUAUUUGGAGGCUGUGCCUUGUGAGUUGGCUGUAAAAAGACAUAAAAGUAACACUAUAGAAAGCUGCUGUCUUUGUACGCCUGUCCCUGUGUUGGUUGUGAGCAUCUGCCAUCCCACUUGCUAUCCCUCGCUUGUCCUAAGAUCAUCUAUGAUCUGCAAACUGCUACUCUGAUUAUAUUACACAGUCUGAGGCACCUCCCUUUUUAACUGUUGAAUGACAGAAAUGCAUUGAAUGAUAGACAAUUCUUUUAUGAUUUGUAUGUCUAUUAUUAUUCUAAGUUAUUUGAAUAACUACAUCUUUGCCAUUCUGUGCAACUGCAGAGAAAAGUGAUUGCAAGCUAUUGCACAGAUAGAAAGACAGGUCAAAGGAAUAGUUCAACAUUUUCAGGAAAUACGCUUACUCACUUUCUUGCAGUUAGAUGAGGAGAUUGGCACUCUCGUGUCUGUACAGUAAAUUUGAAGCCACAGACAGCAGCUGUUUAGCUUAGCUUAGUAUUUAGAUUGGAAAAUGUCAAACUAUUCAUUAAAGGUGUGUAGCCUUUAGCUCCUACUCCACUAACUUGUGCUGCUGCUGUGUAUUUCAAGGUUUGGAGGUGUUAACAUUCUCCCGUUUGACAGAGCAAGGUGCAAAACCACAGAAAGGAUGUGGUAUAGUGUUGUGAGCACAAUUAUCAUAAAAUUCCUACACAAUAUGAUCUAGAUGUAUAUUUUUGUUAUUAAUCACUACUUGAUGAAAACCUCAGAAGAUGCAGUAUGGACUGAUGACAUGAUCCUCAGCUAGGUCUUGGGACAUGGGGCGAUCAAUCUCCGAGAGGCAGAUUUCAGGUUAGGAACAUUUUCAAAUGGUUUGUGGCUGUCCAGAUCACUACAUAAAAGAAUGUUUGUAUUGUACACAGUUUUCUUUUCAGUAUUACUGUGUAAAUGACAUAACAUGACAAUGUGAUAAAUGGUACUGAAGACCUCAUCAGUUGAAUUGUACAGAUCAAGGUGAUAAAUGAAAUGAAAAGGAGAAAGUUACCGAUCAGUGUUCUUAAUCAUCAAGCAUCGAUGAUUUUUACCUGGAAGAUUUGAUGUGUUGUUUCUGAACAUUUACUGGAAGUAAUCAGAGAUAACCAAAACGUGUAAUAAAAAAACAGGGUCACUUCAUGAAGUGGUUAGUAACAGUUUGGUGUCUGUAAAUAUUUAUGUCUGCAGCACAAGCUUGAUCCCUAACGGAAAUGACAGACAUGGGAUUACUGUCUCUUUAGCAAUCUUGAAAAGUUGGUGGAUAGCAAUAGCACUUUCCUUUUGAUAAGCACAACCUCUUGUAGCCACAAAUGUUUUUGCUUUUUGCAAAUUAACAUAUUUGAUAUGUGAUGUGAUUUAAGUGCGUGUUCCUUUGCGUAACUAAAUCAUUGAUAAAUGAAUCAAUCUAAUGCAGAUUAUGAGAAACUUAGCAAUGUGUCGAUGGUAUAAUAUGGAUUUCUUCUCAAACACUACUUGAAAUAACGCUGAAGUUAGCUUUCCUGUGAGCCCCUGCCAUCAUUAGUUUCCUCCUCUGGUCCGUUCUGUAGAUAAAACAACUAAUUAGUUGGAUGUACUGUUGGAGGUUUUUAAGUGUCCGUGUUGUUUAAAAAAGAAAACAUGGCUCCGCUGUAUUUGAACUAUAGUACCUAUAUGCAUUUGUGUUGUUAAACCUGGACCUAUACUCUGAUCAGAAGUAGAAUUCAAGUAUUCGUCUCCUACCAUUGAUGGAUUAACUGUUGUUUUAAAAUGUUUAAUGUUUAUUCGGGUGUAUCAGUUGAAUCUGAUUCAGUGAUGAAAAGCAAAACCUGUUAAUGACUGAUUUUAUGUUUUUUUUUUUUUCUUAUUUGUCUUUUAUAGUCAGUGGUAUAUCAUCAGUGAUAUAGUAUGGGUCAUUUCUGACUUCCUCGCUGCUUCUUGGCAGACAGUAACCUACUAACUUGGAGUUGUUAGUGAGCUGGUAUACUUGCCUACAUUUCAUUAUUUUUUAAAUGAUAAAUUCUGUUACACCAGACUACAGUGAGUGCUGUAUGGGUAAGUGAGUAUAUCCUGUCAAUUUGUUACACAACAAACCUCUUAAUCCCUUUUUUUCAUUCUAUCUAGAUAUUUGGUUUUUGUGUCUGUAUGCAGCGGGAAUCAUCUGAAUCAGCCACUGGGGCAUAACUUAGUGUUUGGUGUUGUUUAACCAAUGCAAGGGUUAUAUUUAUCCACAACUUCCUGUUCCUAGUUUGACCUUAGUUUUUGGCUGUAUGUAUGAUAAAACCAUUUGGUAAACAGUUUUUCAGUGGUGCACACAAACAAAACACGUAAAAAAUUAAAAUAAACAAGAGGCAACAAAGUGAGGGGAUACACUGUGUUAGUGGCUGAUAUAAGAUGAUCUCUGACGACCUCUAUUUAGAUCUCAGUGUUGUUAGUCUCCCUCUUUGUGUGAUUUAUUGAAAUGUGUAUGAUUGAAUAGAAACAUAUUAAAUAUUGACAUUGGCCAGCAUUUAUAAAUAUUGUAUAUAAAUGUAUACCCUUUAUAUUCUAUAUGCAUAUCUAGUUUGUACAAUGUAAAUAGCAAUUAAAGUUUUAGUCCAAUUAAAAAUAUAAAUGUAAUCAUUUUCAAAGUGCUUUUAAACCCUUUUAUCCUUUGAUUCAUGUCAAUUUUCUUGUAUCUCUAUAUAUUUUAAUAUGUUGCUGGCAGUUAUUGUACUGUAAACAAUGUUGCAAUAAAGAUAAUGAGGUAACCAUAA